AUGAUAAUCGAUAACUAUGACACGGAGGAAACUCAUUAUGAGGUUCUCAAUAUUAAGGAAGAUGCAGAUUAUGAAGAAAUUCGGGCGAGUUACAGAAGUGCUGUACUCAGUUUACAUCCUGAUAAGCUAUUGAAGACAUUCGAUACGUCCGGCAGUAAUCAAACAAGUACAGACAAAUUUCUCAGAGUUCAAAAGGCAUGGGAAAUUCUAAGCGAUUCAAGCUCUCGUUUAUUUUAUGAUAAGCAGCUGCAAUGUUCAAGGCGGGAUGUCUUGGCUGCUGAAGUUGCAGAAGAUUUAAGCUUACAUGAUAUGGAAGCUGAAGACGCCGAUGAAGCAUUAGAACUGUUUUAUCAGUGCCGGUGUGGUGAUUACUUCUCUGUUGACUCGUUGGAAUUGCUAAAAAUGGGGUAUUCUUUGUCAAGAGAUGGAAGUCGCAUAUCUAUACUCAAUAGUGAUACUUUACCAGGAUCAGUGAUUCUUCCCUGUGGAUCUUGUUCGUUAAAAGCUCGUCUGGUACUCAGUAUGGAUAACCAUUGA